CUGGCGGGUAGCGCGAGGAGAGGAGGCCAGAGCCUGCGCGGACAGCUGUACCGGGACUCGCGGGCUAUUUACCGCAGACUCACCGCCCCGAGCCGCCAUUUCCAGAAGUGACAAUCUCACCGGCCGCCGGCAGGACACGGUCCGUGACUGAGUGUGCGGAGACCCGGCCGGGUACCGGACUGUAACACUGCUCCAGGCGGCCUCGGGCCGGGAGUGACCCGAGGAGGAGCCAGGAGGAUGUCGGCCACGGGAGGAGGGGCAGGAGGUGGCCGAGGAGCCGGCACGGGGGGCAAGAUCCGGAGCCGGAGAUACCACCUGAGCGCGGUGCGGGCUCCAUACACCAGGAGCCGCCAACAAGGCCAGCAGCAGGGCAUCAUCAGUCGUGUGACUGAUACUGUGAAGAGCAUUGUCCCUGGAUGGCUGCAGAAAUAUUUCAACAAGGAAACGGCAGAACCAGAUGGAGCUAGAGACUCAAGUGAAAUUGCUGUGGAACAUACUGAAGUUAGAGAAAAUGAUGAAGAAGCAGACCAUCACAUAUAUAUUGAUGAUGACCCUCCACCCAUUGAUGGCAGAAUCACUCCUGAUCCAGUCAGGCUGGCGGAAGAACCAUCGACUAGUCGAUUCUCAUUGAGUAUGCCUGAUGUUCUAACAAGGCCUUCACUCCAUCGAGCAAAUCUGAACUUCAAUGUCCUGGAUUCUCCUGCGCUUCACUGCCAGCACUCAACAUCUUCUGCAUUUCCCAUUGGCAGUUCCGGCUAUUCACUUAUAAAGGAAAUCAAAGACUCUACCUCUCAGCACGAUGAUGAUAACAUCUCUACAACAAGUGGUUUUUCCUCUCGAGCAUCUGACAAGGAUGUAGCUGUGUCAAAAAAUGUAAAUGCCCCUCCUCUGUGGUCUCCAGAAGCUGAUCGCUCAAAUCCACUAUCUCAUAAUUCCUCCAUGAGUGCAAAAAAACCAACAUUCAACCUUUCUGCCUUUGGAUCAAUGUCACCGUCUCUUGGAAAUGCUUCAGUACUAAAAUCCAGCCAGCUAGGAGAUUCUCCUUUUUACCCAGGAAAAACAACUUAUGGAGGAGCAGCUGCCGCAAGGUCCUCAAGAGUCAGAGGGACUCCUUAUCAGGCACCUGUGAGAUUGCAAGUUAAAGCAAAGCCAGCAAAUAGUGAAACAUAUGGAGUUACAAGUUAUGCUGCUCGGCGUAUCUUGCAAUCAUUGGAGAAGAUGUCCAGUCCUUUAGCGGAUGCCAAAAAAAUCCCAUCCAUCUCCUCUUCAUAUCUGGCAGACAAAAGUUUCCAGGAUGAUAUAGGAAGUUCUUCUAAAAGGAAAAAGGUUGAGUCAACAUAUCCCCCUGUUCGUGCUCUUAUGACACCAAAAUCCAUAGUGAUCUCUCCAAACGUAUCUUCAUACAUCAAGCCUUCACUGGCUCCAUCUGGUUUGGUAAAAAGCAAACACAGAAUGCAAAGUGACCAGCAGAAGGAAUCAAAAGGAACUCGUAUGUUGCAUGCUCCAACAGCACCACAAACUGAGAGCUUUUCUUACCCCAAGUCCAGCACUCCUGCAUCUAAUGGCUUAUCAUCCAGGGGAGCUGGAGGUAAAAUGAUGAGAGAGAGAAACUCUCAUUACACAAUAAAGCCAGCAGAAGAGUUGUCAGAGGCACCUGUUUUACCUGAAGUACCAUUGCCAUUAAGCACGGCAUCACUACCCAGCUUUAACUUCUCAACUGCAUCCACUGCUACGUCCCCGUUAACAGCUCCUAAACCUACAGAUAGCAAGACUGCUUCGUGGCAGCAAAUGACCAAUUUGACCAACAACCCUCUGUUCACAUUUUCAUCCCCAAUUGUGAAAUCAACUGAAUCCAAUGCACAAUCUCCUGGGUCAUCUGUUGGUUUCACGUUUAGUGUUCCAGCUGUGAAAUCUACUCCACCUACCACUGCAGAUAAGAUGAUUACUACAAGUAGCCCUGCCAAGUCAUUGAUGAAUAACAUAAGUGCAAAGAAGAAAGAGGAAGAACAUGGGGGAUUUUGUAAACCUGCAAAAACUUUAAAGGAAGGAAGCGUGCUAGAUAUUUUGAAGAGUCCAGGCUUUUCCUCUAGCACAUCUGCCCAGACUUCAUCAAUCUCUCUUGGAAAAAGCACAUCACCUCUCACUCAACCUGCAAGCAAAGUGACACUUGGAGAAGGCAAUAAACAAGCAUUUGGACUUUGGCAGUGCAGUUCAUGCUUCCAUGAGAACAGAGCAAGUGACAACAAAUGUGUUGCCUGCUCUGCUGCCAAGGAUCAGUCUGUAGGACUCCCAAAACAACCAGCUUCUUCAGAAUCAAGCCGCAAUCAAAAAAACAGUGCUACUUUACCAGUCUUUCAGGGUUUUGGAGACAAGUUUAAAGUGGCAGCAGGGACAUGGGAUUGUGAUACCUGUUUAGUACAGAACAAGCCUGAUGUUACAAAAUGUGUAGCAUGUGACACCCCAAAGCCAGGGACUGGAGUUAAAGCUGCCCUGCUUUUACCUCCUGUGACUACGGAAAAAUCAACUACUUCUCAAUUUGGCCUUGGACAAGCUUCUACAGGCUUCCAGUUUGAUGACAAAUUCAAAAAACCCGUAGGACUGUGGGAAUGUACAGUGUGCUGUGUGCAAAAUAAAGCAGAGGAUGUGAAAUGUAUAGCUUGUACAUCAGAUAAACCAGGAACAUCUGCAAAUAAGAAAUCUCCCGUGACAGAGGCACCCAAGUUAGGAUUGUUGGAUCAGUUUAAGAAGCCUUCAGGAAGCUGGGAUUGUGACGUGUGUUUAGUGCAAAACAAGGGUGAAGCUACCAAAUGUGUAGCGUGUGAGAGUGCCAAACCAGGCAGCAAAUCAGAACUAAAAGGUUUUGCAUCUCCAUCCAUUUCCUCUGGGUCGCCCGCUCCAUCCUUUAAGUUUGGAUUACAGUCUUCAAGCAAUACAGACGUUACCCCUAGCACAAAUGCUCCUUCUGUUGGAUUUUCUUUCCCAAAAGUUACCGGGGACUUUAAAUUUGGUAUAGCAUCCUCUGCUGCUACGGCAGCUGAUGAAAAGAAAGAUACUGGCUUUUCAUUUGGAAGCACCAUUGCCACAAGUAAUCCAGUAUCAGGAUUUCAGUUUGGUACUAGUAUUCCUGCCUCCACUGACAAGGAAGGCAUAAAUAAGUCCGUGACAAGUGGCUUCUCUUUUGGAACCACAUCCAGUAUUGCUGCUUCAUCUACUGCUACAGAGAGUUCAGUGAGUUCUGGCAUACAAAGCCAGCUUACAAAAGACAAGUCCUGUUUGCCACUCACUUUUGGAACAAAAGAAUCUGACAAUAAAAAAAAUGAAACACCUGCUGUAAGCUUUUCUUUUGGCAAAGUAGAACAAAAUAAGGAAGCAUCGUCUUCUUUUGUUUUUGGAAGAAAAGAUGAAAAGCCAGACUCUACUACAACAGGACAGUCACUGCUUUUUGGCAAGAAAAGUGAGGGGGAUGAACCAAAUCAGUUUGCGUUUGGAAAAUCAGAGCAAACCAAAGACAAUAAUCCAACACCACCCACAUUUGCAUUUGGUGUGUCUAAGCCUGUAGAGGUAGAGAAGAAUGAGGCUGAUAAGACUGCAAAACCACUCUUUCCCUUUGGCUCUCAACCCGGCACCACAACAGAUGCUGGAGCAUCAAAGCAAACAUUCAGUUUUAUGAGCAGUGGUUCCACCAGUGGUGUUCAGCAGAGUUCAGCAAUCUCUAGCAGUUUAUAUGGUAUUACUGCUCCAUCUAGUACGCCCGUGAAUCCCAGUGGUGUGUUUGGCAGUGCUGCUCAGACAAGCGCCCCUGCAGGUUCUGGCAGUGUGUUUGGAAGUGCAGCUCCAUCAGGUGCCUCCACGAACUCAGGCAGUGUAUUUGGAAGCUCUGUAGCACCUGGUGCUUCUUCCAGCUCUGGUAAUGUAUUUGGCAGCGUUGUCCCAACUACAACUGCUGCAAGCUCUACCAGUGUGUUUGGCAGUGCAGCUACUUUGAAUGCCUCUGCAAGUUCAGUCAUGUUCAGUGGUGCCGCCCCUGCUAGCACUACCAGUUCUAGUAGUGUGUUUGGUAAUACAGCACCUACAAGCACUUUGGCAAACUCAAACAGCAUGUUUGGAAACUCUGGAGCAGUCAACAAUCCCACAGGAUCAUUUGUCUUUGGCCAGCCCACCAGCACUGCGGGUGGUUCUGUUUUUGGCAACACAGCUGAAUCAAAGCCAGCCUUUGUGUUUGCUGGUUCGGAAAGUAAGCCAUCGACAGCCACCAGCACAGCUGCUUCUGCCACUCCAUUUGUCUUUGGAGCAGGUACCACCAGCACAGUGUCUGCAACACCAGGCUUCAACUUUGGUUCAACAAACACAUCAAAUGCUCUAGGCACAAGCUCCUCUCCGUUUAUAUUUGGUGGUCCAACUCCUCCUGCUCCCAGUGGACUGCCAGCCUCCAACCCUGUGCCAGCAUUUGGGGCCAACCAGUCUGCUACUCCAGCUUUUGGCACUUCAUCAACAACGUCCUUGUUUCCAGCUAGUUCUCAAUCUGUGCCAGGCUUUGGCUCCCUAACUAGCUCUGCCCAGCCUCCUAUGUUUGGCCAGCAAGCGACCCAACCUGCUUUUGGAUCUAGUACAGCUCCUGCUGCUGCCGCCCCUAGUUUCCAGUUUGGAGGCAAUACAAACUUCAACUUCGCUAGCGGAAGUUCCCCUGGUGGGGUGUUCACAUUUGGCUCCAGUUCAACAGGAUCAUCCUCACAGCCUUCAUCAUCAUCAUCUGGCUUUGCCUUUAACCAGGCACAAACUUUUAACCAGGCCCCAGCCUUCAACAUGGGAGCCAAUGGAAGAAGUACUCCUGCAUCUACAAUAUCCACUCGAAAGAUAAAAACUGCCCGGAGAAGGAAAUAAGUCAAAAUUUCAUACAAAGACUUGCAGUUAUUACAACAAAUGGUUUCCUGCAUUGUGCAUAUGCUGAAGUGUACCUCAUGCUGUGUUUAGUGGAAGUCAGAUCUGCCCAAGGACAUAUAUUGCUGAAACAUUUACCUUUUUUUAUUUUUUUUAUUUUUUUUCUUCUAUUACUAAACCUUGGUGAUGGGAAGUUUCUUAAGCGAAAUAUCAGCUUACUGCAACCCCAUCACAACUUGGCAUGAUCUGGCUAUACAAGUGAAUAUAGCCUGCACAGUGAAUGGCUUUUGUAUAAUACCUCUUUCAUCUGCACCACUAUUUUAUCAGCGCUUUGAAGUUUUAAUUACCAGUGAGGGGAUCUGUAUAGCGUAGAGAAUGAUGACUGAUUUCUAUGCUGCGUUUGUGCUGGUGUAUGUGUGAAAUUGAUUGUAUUGUGCUCCAAACCUUUUCUGAUAGAUGAUGAUUGAUUACAGGAUGGUCCCUGAACAGGAUUUGUUAGAUAUGUAGUACUACGGUCAAUAAAUAAAUGCGCUUUUUUUUUUUUUUGGCCUACCCUCUUUCUAGUUUCCUGUCACCCUUUUUCUUUUUUGUUUUAUGAUCUACGUGUAAAUAUAAUUUGUUUUUUGCUGCAUACUUUUCUGCAUAACCUGAAUCUGUGAACUUGAAUUUUAAUUUUUUUUGUUACAGCAAAUCUUUUUGUUUAGAAUUGUCUAAAAAUUUUAUUGUGUAAAUCUCAUUAUUCAAAGUUGCCUAAUUCCAUAAUAAAAAUUUAGUCUUUAAAGAUAAUUGGGAAUUCUUUAAAGCAUUAGUUUAUUGGCUUUUCUGAUCCAUUUUUGUUUGGACCAAAAACCAGUAUUGUACAAAGUAUUAAGUAUAUAUUUUUAUAUUUACACAAAUGGACUGUGGUGACUUUGGAUAAUAAGUAAGUUUAAUAUUAAAGCCAUGUUUAUUACAGUAUAAUUAACAUGUUAAACCACGGGAUAAAUGCCAUCAAUAAAAUUAUGAAAUACAUUUUGUUUUAACUCUA